UCCAAAUUUUUAUUUAUAUUAUGCUGCUGUGUGCUGUCUGUUGUUAGGUAAUAACACGUAAUUAGUUGCUUGUAUGAAAAAUUCUCCAUGUUGGAAGAAUUGUAAAUUACUUUAAACUUACACAGCAUCUCAUCCAUCAGAAUAAUGCCCCCCACUAUACAGACUGGGACUACGGAUGACGAACGCGAUCGGAAACUUCGACCUGGUGAAAAAAGAUCUGACUUAGUAUGCAGAGUGAAAUAUUGUAACACUUUACCUGACAUUCCAUUUGAUCCAAAAUUCAUCACUUACCCAUUUCUGCCCAAUAGAUUUGUUGAUUAUAAGCCAACAUCAUUGGAAAGAAAUUACAAGCAUGAUCUCUUGACGGAACAUGACCUGGGUGUGGAAAUAGAUCUAAUAAACCCAGAUACCUAUGCCAUUGAUCCUACUGCUACACUACAUCCAGAUGAUGAGAGAUUAUUAGAAGAAGACAGUUUAACUCCACAGGAUUCAAAGAGGUCUCGACAUCAUAACAAAACUGUUCCUUGGCUGAAGAAAACCGAGUACAUAUCCAACGAGUUUAACAGAUAUGGAAAUUGCAGUGAAAAAACAGAAACAAAAGUGGGUUACAAUGUCAAAAAGCUUUUCAAGGAAGAAAAUAUGUACAUGGAUCGAGAGAGUCAAAUCAAUGCUAUUAAUAAAACCUUUUCUGAUGCCAAAAUUCCGAUUGAGAAGCACUACAGUAAACCCAAUGUUCAUGCAAUCGAAGAGCUUCCUGUGUAUCCAGACUUUCAGCUUUGGAGGUAUCCUUUUGCCCAAGUCAUGUUUGAUACAGAACCUGCUCCUAACAAUCAAAUGGAAGAAAUGUCUCAAGCUAUGAUUCGAGGUGUGAUGGAUGAAAGUGGGGAGCAGUUUGUCGCUUACUUCUUGCCGACAGAGGAUACUAUUAAGAAAAGGAAGAGAGAUGCAGAAAAUGGAGUGGAUUAUGAGGAUGAAGAAGAGUAUGAAUACAAAAUGGCUCGAGAAUACAAUUGGAAUGUCAAAAAUAAAGCUUCAAAAGGCUAUGAAGAAAAUUAUUUCUUUGUCUUUAGAGAGGGAAGCGUAUAUUAUAAUGAACUAGAAACAAGGGUACGAUUGAGCAAAAGACGGUUGAAGCCUGGAGUACAACCUAAUUCUAAUUCAAAACUUGUAGUACAGCACCGUACUUUGAACGAACCUGAAUUUAAAGCACAGGAGGUUCGCAUGAUGCAACUUGAACCUCCUCAAGAAGAGGAAGAGGAGGAAGAAGAAACACAAGCAAAUGGAGAAACAGAAAAUGAUGCUGAGGAGAAAGAGGAUGAGGAGGAAGAACAAGAAGGAGAUAAAGAGGAGGAAGAGGACGAAGAAAAGGAGAAAGCUUCUGCUUCUGAAGAAGAAAGUGACACAGAAAAUAAAAAGGAAGAUAAAUCUGAUGUGGAAUCUGAAGCUGAAGAGAAGGAACAAGAAAAUGAUAAAGCUAGUGUUAAAUCGUCAUCUAGUUCUAAAUCUUCCAAAUCUUCAUCAUCAUCGUCGUCUUCAUCAUCAUCCUCUUCUUCCUCCUCCUCUUCAAGUGAGAGUGAGGCUGAAGCUGAAGAUCAGAAAAAGAGAGACGAAGAAGAAAUUUUCGGUAGUGACAGUGAUUGAAACUGUAAAUAGACAUUUGUGAGAUGGUGUGUACAUAUUUUUUUUUGUAAUAAAUAUUUUCCUUAGU